GUGUGUGUAUUACACACGCGAGGAAUCAGAGGGGGAGGGGGAGGAUGGGCCGUUUGCGUCUGUAUUCUGUGGGCCUCUGAGAGAAGGGACUUGGAAUGGGUUUGUGCGGCUGAGAGAGAGAGAGAGAAAGCAAGCAAGCACAGUGAGUGAGUGAGUGAGUGAGCGAGCAGGGGGGAGAAAGAGGAGGGCCUAGGGCUAUUGUUCAUGUCUAUCCAGGAACAAAGGGCUGUUCGGGCUCCUUACCUCCGUUUACACCAGGCUUUUGCUAACACACUAGGCCUGCGCUAUUGCCACAGCACCAGACACGACCAAACGCGUUCAGUUUCGUGUUCCUUUAUUGAUUAAAUAGGUCCGUUUUACAAAUAAUUACAUUAAGAAAUAAUACAUAAAUACAGCGAGCAAAACAAACAAACACAAAAAAACAAGAGAACGAGAUUUUACAGUGGAUUUCUACAAACAUCAAUUUCAGACCACGACUUCUGUGCAGGCUGUUCCUCCAAGUCAUUCAAGCUGUACUCUCCAAAGGAGCCCCCAAACGGCAGCGCCUUCCCCCCCUUCCACCCGGGCACUAUGCUAGACCGAGACGUGGGUCCAACACCUAUGUACCCCCCUACAUAUCUAGAGCCCGGAAUAGGGAGGCACACGCCGUAUGGGAACCAGACAGAUUACAGGAUAUUCGAGCUCAAUAAGCGUCUACAGAACUGGACAGAGGACUGUGACAAUCUCUGGUGGGAUGCCUUCACUACAGAGUUCUUUGAGGAUGAUGCCAUGCUGACGAUCACUUUCUGCCUGGAAGAUGGGCCCAAGCGAUACACAAUUGGCCGGACGUUGAUUCCUCGCUAUUUCCGCAGUAUCUUCGAAGGGGGCGCCACUGAGCUGUACUACGUCUUAAAGCAUCCUAAGGAAUCAUUUCACAAUAACUUUGUGUCUCUGGACUGUGACCAGUGCACUAUGGUCACACAGAAUGGAAAGCCCAUGUUUACACAGGUGUGUGUGGAGGGCAGGCUGUACUUGGAGUUCAUGUUUGACGACAUGAUGAGGAUAAAGACGUGGCAUUUCAGCAUAAGGCAGCACCGCGAGCUUAUUCCUCGCAGCAUCCUUGCCAUGCAUGCCCAGGAUCCCCAGAUGUUGGACCAGCUGUCUAAGAACAUCACGAGAUGUGGCCUGUCAAACUCCACACUGAACUAUCUCCGACUGUGUGUAAUUUUAGAGCCCAUGCAGGAGCUGAUGUCCAGACACAAGACCUACAGCUUAAGUCCCCGUGACUGCCUCAAGACAUGCCUGUUUCAAAAGUGGCAGAGAAUGGUAGCGCCCCCAGCGGAGCCGGCGAGGCAGCAGCCCAGCAAGCGCAGGAAACGGAAGAUGUCAGGAGGCAGCACCCUGAGCUCCGGAGGGGGGACCAACAAUAACAGCAACAGCAAGAAGAAGAGCCCGGCCAGCAGCUUUGCGCUCUCCAGUCAGGUACCUGAUGUCAUGGUGGUGGGAGAGCCCACUCUGAUGGGAGGGGAGUUCGGGGACGAAGACGAGCGUCUGAUCACACGGUUGGAGAACACGCAGUUUGACGCCGCCAAUGGCAUCGACGACGAGGACAGUUUCAACAACUCCCCAGCGCUGGGAGCCAACAGCCCCUGGAACAACAAAGCCCCCUCCAGCCAGGAGAGCAAGAACGACAACCCCACAUCACAGGCGUCCCAGUAAAAGAGGGGAGGGGGGACGGGACGAGAUCCCAGCCGUGUAGGGACUCCUCUACCUGUAAAACACAUUCUAAACCGCGCCGUUCCACUCCGGUCCUUCAGCUCUGUACUCGCUGGCACUCCGCACUCUGCUUUAAUGGGUCACACAGAUUUGGAUAAGAUCGCAUGGAAGCUGUAAGGUCCAGCCUGUGAAUUCAUACUGGGCACUGCUGUGUUGCACACAAUGAGGUGCAACAGCGAUGCUGCUGGCUGAAGUGCUACUCAAACGCAGCAAGAGUUUGCAAGCAAGCAGUUUUAGUUAACAGUGCAAUGGAAUCGGAUCAGGGUCAGCUUUGUUCCAACCAGAACCUAAAUAUCAGUUUUAAAGUACACUUUGCUAUCUGGUGUGCAUUAGACAGCAAUCCACGGCUGUCUCCAAGACUUCAGUCUGGAAUUUUUUUCUGUGCACUUAAGGCUAUGAUACAAAUUUUUAAAAUUUAAAUUAUUUUUUUUUUAGGACCUGGUUGGAACAAAAACCCGUACUGUCCUGGAGCUCGAGGACCGGAGUUGAGAACCACUGCGUUAAAACUUAAAUACAAACAAACAGUAAAGCAUUGAGGUACUUGGGAUUUGGUUGUGCACAGCCAGAUAUGUUUUACUUGUGAACUCCAGAUUUGCUCACAUACCCUGAUUUAUACAAGUAGUUUCCAACAAUAUAUAUAUAUAUAUAUAUAUAUAUAUAUAUAUAUAAAAUUUUGAAGGGACUUUAUUUCCAGCUGUGUUUAAACUCAGUAAUGUCUUUUUUUUGUUAAUCAAAUUUUGAUAAUUGUCAGAUUUUUACAGAACAAAAAAUGUAAUGUUCCAAAAAUCGAACAACAAAUGUGUGAUUAGACGAAGCUAGGGGUCUGAAAGCAUUAAUAUAUAGUGUGUGUGUGUGUGUGUGUGUGUUUUACAAGCCUGUGGCCUGCCUGCCCAGCCCAGCCUCUAUUGUAGGAGGCAUUAACCUGCCGUCCGCACCUCUGAAGGACAUGCUGUGUGAGGGAAGGGAUUGGUGUGGACUAUUGGAAUACAAAUGAACCCUUCCCCCCCCCCCCCCCCCCCCUCUGUAUUCCAGCAGGUAAAACACACAUGGAAAAGAACAACAUUGAUCUCUCGCAAAGACCGCUAGUAAUUCUCUCUAGCGGCUGCUGGUAGAGGCUGGGGCUGUGCUGGGAGGCAGUUUGGUCUGGGGGUUCACAGCUGCUGGUAGAGGCUGGGGCUGUGCUGGGAGGCAGUUUGGUCUGGGGGUUCUCAGCUGCUGGUAGAGGCUGGGGCUGUGCUGGGAGGCAGUUUGGUCUGGGGGUUCUCAGCUGCUGGUAGAGGCUGGGGCUGUGCUGGGAUGCAGUUUGGUCUGGGGGUUCACAGCUGCUGGUAGAGGCUGGGGCUGUGCUGGGAGGCAGUUUGGUCUGGGGGUUCACAGCUGCUGGUAGAGGCUGGGGCUGUGCUGGGAGGCAGUUUGGUCUGGGGGUUUUCCAGCUGCAUGUAUCUUCCACACGAGUCCAGCAGUUAAGUCCGGAGACAUUUAAAGCCACUGUUUUGCACUGCUCUGCUCACUAGCACUGCAGCUGGGUGCUCUGACCAAUGUCAUGGUUGGAAAGAGGAUGAAAUACCUUCAUAAAGAGAAUGUUUCUUACCAGACACUUCAUUUUGAAUAGAAAUUCAUUUAAUAAUAAAAAACCACUUGAUGCCACUGAAACCCGGUACCUCGUGAAUAUUAACAGGUUAGAUAAUGAAUGACUUCCGUUUCUAGUGGGCUGUAUUUCCCUAGUCAUGUUUUUACUGAUGCUGAAAGCUACAGACCAAGGAUCGAGGCUACUAGCAAGACCCUUUAAAUCCCUUCCUAAAAUAUAUUCUUUUGUUUUGUUUUCUUUGUUUUUUUUAAAGGAAAAAAGUAACCUUGUGUGAAGUACUUUUUUUGUUUUUGUUGUUUUAUAUAUAUAUAUAUAUAUAUAUAUAUAUAUAUAUAUACACACACACACAUUUCUCUCUGUGUGUUUGUGCUUGUAUAUUUAAGGUAGUAGCAAAGUUCUUUAUACCUGUAAUUAAAUGUAUUCCUUAUUUAGAGCACCCAGAAGCCUGCCCUGUCUAAUGUAUAAUGAUAAUAAAAAAACAAACCCUUUUUGGACAUGAUUUGAGACCGAUCGAUUUCUGGGUACAAUCACCAUUUGGAACCCCACCCCUCUCAAUGUGUGUGUGUGUUUUGUUUUUUAAUGUACAUUUUUUUACAUUCAUCUUGAUAUUAUUCCACGUUCACACAUCCCAAAUUUGCCAUUGGUAUUAGUGCCCCCCCCCCCCCCCCCCAUACAAUGUUAAUAGAAGUUUUGAAGUUUUCUCAACAUGUUUAAUAGACCCUCUAGUCACGAUAUACUGCCAGUCUUGCAUUCUGUCCUUUGGUUCACCUUGCUGUUUAUGCAGAGCACAAUGGGCAGACCUCUCCUGUGUUGUGGGUGGGUUGUGGCACAGUUGAGCACACAAGACAUUUAGCCGUCUUUAUAAAUGUUUUUUGACGUUGCAAUCAAGCAGUACCUCUUACAACGUGUGUGUGUGUGUGUACGUCUACCCACUUCCUAGGCAUUAAGGGACACUUCGGAACCUCACCUGAAUGAUGUGCACCUCCACCCCUGAAAGAGUUUGUAACUAUUAUGUAUUGUAGACUUGCUUCUUGUCUGUGUCCAGCUCCCACCUAUAGAGUCCUAGUCCAGAAACCAGAGCUAGGCUAUGGUUGGAUUUUUAAAGAGCUUUCUUUCUUCUCCCAGGUUUUUAGGUACGAUUUUUAAAUGCAAACCGAAUGGUGAUUUGUACCCUCCAAUCUUCCUGUAGAGCCCCUAGUCUGUGGGGCAGUGUAAUGUUUUUUUGCAUAGUUUGUGCCAUUUAAUAAUUCAUGUAUGGUACUAAUAAAGAUGAAUUUUCACUUUAAUAAAA